UCUGUACUCAGUAAAAUUCUUCGUCCUUAAUAUUUGUAAUUUUCAGUUUUUUCCAUUUUGUCUUUUUUUCAUUUCCUGUCAAUGUUUGGAUUGUUUCAUGUUCCCACUUUGUAAGGCUUUCUCUUUUUUGUAGUAAUCGUGCUUUGCUUUUAAAAUUAAUUUGUUGAGGGUACUGCGGUAGGCUUUAAAUUCUGUUUUAAGCACUUGGCUAGGGUUUUUCACUUUUUUUUUUUUAGUUGGUUAUUAUAUAAUCAUAUUGUCGUAAGAAAAUAUAUCGGAGUGGUCCAGCAUAUUGGGCAAUUAAAUAUUUGAAUGUUUUACCGACAAAUAUUAAGGAAAUGCCAGUAUCCUCCGCCCAUGUUGUUCUCGAUUUAAGCGCAAUCGGGUGGAAAAGCAGGCGCCGACUCCUGCCACAAGAUUCGCCGCGUUUUCGCCCUAAACUGAAAUAAUCAAUAGAUUUUCUCAACCCUCCCCCCGUAUGCGCUUUGUUUUCCCCCAAAUAAUAUCUCUACAGUUUUGAGGUUAAGAUAAAUUUAAUAAUGACCUACAUCUAGUGCAGUACAUUUUAAAUCUAAGAAAUCAGAUUUCUGGGUUUUAAACUCGUUGGUUUUGGCGAUAUUGGUGCAGAAGCAAAGGUAAGAUUAUUGGUACGGAAGCUCGACUUAACUCACCGGUUUCGUCAUCUCUUUAAACCAUCUUCAUUGUUUGAUCCCGGCCUCUAAACUGCUGUACAAGGUGUUUCCGAGUCCCGGCAUCGCCCGCAGCGUUUGGGCUUUGCCCCAACAUACCCACGACAAUAAUAUGGUGGCGGAUCCGGACCAUCCAGCCGCCCCCGAGAAUCACAGCUGUGAUGGGGGCGGUACUGAUGGGGCGGACAUUACCGAGCAAACCCACAAGAGUAUUUUCGAUCUGGUCAAGGCAGGGGACCUUUCUGAAGUGGAGGAAUGCGUAGAAAAAAACGGGAUUGGGGUUCUUAAAGAAAGGGAUGAGUGGGGCUACACCCCAGCCCACUGGGUAUCUUUGGACGGUAAUGUGGAGAUAAUGAGGUUUUUUAUCGAUCGUGGGGCUCCGAUUGAUUUACCUUGCCUCGGGACUCAGGGGCCUAGACCUAUACAUUGGGCUUGUAGAAAAGGCCAUGCCGCUGUGGUUCAAGUUCUUUUGCAAGCAGGCGUCGCGGUAAACGCGGCUGAUUUUAAAGGUCUCACGCCUUUGAUGACCGCUUGUAUGUUUGGCAGGGUGGCUACGGCUGCUUACCUUUUAGGAAUGGGUGCCUUCAACCAUCUAGUGGACAUAAACGGAGACACCGCCAUGCAUUGGGCGGCCUACAAAGGCCAUCCUGAUCUCUUGAAGCUCCUGAUGUACUCUGGAGCGAAUUUACAAAAACCUGAUCAUUUUGGAUCUACCCCCUUGCAUCUGGCCUGUCUUUCUGGAUCGUUGAGUUGUGUUAAGCUUCUGUGUGAGAAGAACGAUAUAGAGUUGGAACCUAAAGAUAAAAACGAUAAGACUCCACUGAACCUCGCAAUAGGGCAUCGCCACAUGGAUAUAGUGGACGUGCUUCAUACAGCCAUUAAAAGACGUUCUGCAUGGUUUCCACCUGUUAGUGAAAUUUGGGGGCUUCUCUUUGGGAGGGCGGGACAUUCGAAAGCCCCACUGGUUUUCUUUAUGUCUUCUGUUUUACUUUGGGUUUAUCCUAUGUAUGUUAUACGGGUGAUCCCAAUAACCUGGAAUAUCUUACGAGGCUCCCAUUACUGUUUCAUUUACUGGAACGUCGUUAUGUGGAUUUGCUGGAUUGUAGCUAACCGAAAGAAUCCGGGCUACAUUCCCACCAACUCCGACUCGUAUGCCCGUUCGAUAAAACAAAUUCCGUACUUUGACAAGUGGAAGAAAAGAAACGCGAUGCUUAACCGGUUAUGUCACACUUGUAGAACUCUUAGACCUAUAAGGGCGAAACAUUGUAGGGUAUGCAAUAGGUGCGUGUCAUAUUUCGAUCAUCACUGCCCUUUUAUUUAUAAUUGCGUCGGUCUGAAGAACAGGACUUGGUUCUUUGUUUUUGUCAUGAGUGUGGCGAUCAAUUGUUCAUAUACGAUUUACUUUGCGACUUACUGCAUCGCCAUAGAGGGCUUCGGGAUCAUCUAUGUGUUGGGGUUGGUGGAAGCGUUUGUCUUUUCUGGAUUGGGUUGGAUACUUACUUGUACUGCGGUUCUUCAUGCCUGUAUGAACUUAACUACUAACGAAAUGGUUAAUUACAAACGUUAUCCUUAUCUGCGAGAUAAAAGGGGUCGUUACUACAAUCCUUUUUCCAGAGGACCUGUGCUCAAUUUGAUCGAAUUUUUCUUCUGCACACCGGAUGAUAUGGAAGAGGAACCAUUUUAUGAUUACAUAUGAUAUAAAUAUGUGUGCGAAAAAAACCUCAAUGCCUUAACUGCCUGUGAGAUUGUUACUGGGAAAAAACAGAGAGAGUGGAGAUGAUGUGGGUUUUAGCUUCUUUAGACAGAAUGUAUUUUUGCUAUGUGAGAAUUAAGGGUAAUUUUUGUAAAAAAUUAUUAUUAGGCCUUAAAAAUGUACCAACUUGAAAAUAACUGAUCCUUAACAAUCUAUAGAUAGGUCUUUAAAUCCAGUUUACUUAGAUUGCUCUUAGUCGAGCAAAGAAUAAUUAUUUAGAAUCUAAAAAAAUCAAAUCUGAUAAGUAAAUAGUACCAAGUAUUCGACAAAGAAUAAUUAUCGGCUGUAUCUCUUCCCUAUAACAAGGUAAAAUAUAUAGUAAGAAACCCUGUUUUAAACGAAAUUUUGAUUCUUUUGUUCCGAUUACCCAAUCCGGUUCAAAUAAAAAUAGAUCAAUCGCUCUCACUCUCCUAUUUUAGCAGAUAUAACAAAAUGGUUCAAAAAAUCUAAAUAUGCUGACGAUUAGUGUUGUAAUACUCUUAUCUAGUGAAAAUGUUAUAAAACAAAAUGUUUAUCCGCAUUAUUAAAAGUUGUGCCCUCUGGUGGCCGUUUUAGAAACUUGGAAAUAAUUUUCAGGUAUUUCUCCUUGCAUCAAGACUAUAUAAUUUUUUUCUGCAUGCAAUUAUACUUUUCAAGAUACAGCCGAGAGCUAUUUUUAGUAGGACAUGCGGUACAUUUCAUGCUUAAGCUAAUAUUCGUUAUUCUCGAUAGCUUUUGUGAAAAAUCCUUCCUACUAAAUGUGUAAAAAGUUACUUUAUAUCCGAAACUAUCUCUGUUCCUAGAAUAAAUGCUUGUUUUUUUUUAAUGAAAUAAAAUCUGUGC